AUGGCCGCGAGCGGGCCCCCGCCAGCCCAGCUGGAGGCAGUGUGGAUGCGCUUCACACCUGAUGCCGUGGAUCUGAGCCUUUGCCGGGCGAGGACGUGGUCGAACGGCCUCGGCGGGCAGUGCACAAACUUCCCCUUGGGCGGCGGCGGCGAUUUCUGCGGCCUGCACAAGGAGAAGCGGCUGGAGCACGGGCGGGUGGACGGCCCCAUACCGGAGGACAAGCUGCGGGAGUUCGAGCAGAAGGCCGAGGCCGCGGCCGCGGACGAGCUGGAGCCGGAGAGGCGGGCGCCGAAGCGGAGGCGGCUGUUCCGCCUGAGCACCCUGGCGAGCAUGGACGCCAGGGACCUCGCCCGCUUCAGCAGGGACCAGGGAUUCUCGGAGGGGCUGCGCGCUAGGCUGGCGGCUGGGGAGGUCAAGGCCGCAGAGGCGGCGCGCUGCAUCGCCAGCGAGCAGGAGGAGGAUCGACCUGUGGAACGACGUGCUCCGGCUCCAGGAGCCCUCCCUGCUCGGGCUGCUUCCGCGCGCGGCCUGCGCCUCGCAGUGGGCGUCCCGUCCGGUUUGGCGGAGCCGCCACACGUGGCACGGUAG